CUUCCGGUUCGGAGCGAGGGAGCUUCCAGUUCGUGAGCGGGCGGGGAGCCGUGUUCCUGGCGCCUUUCUCCCGGCGUCUCUUCGGUCGACGACUCCUCUAGCAAGAAUGCCUAAUGUAAAGAAGACCGCUGGAAAAAGAGGUCCUACGAAGAGGAAGCUUGCAGAGGAAUUUCUUCCUGGAGAAGUUUUUACUGACAUGUUCAAAAAAACUUGGAAGCUUGGCCCAGUUAUUGGGAAAGGUGGCUUUGGCUGCCUCUAUCUUGCUGAUGUUAAUUCUUCAAAAUCAGUCACCAGUGAUGCAUCCUAUGUUAUAAAAGUGGAGCCCAGUGACAAUGGACCACUCUUUACUGAAUUAAGUUUCUACACGCGAGCUGCUAAACCAGAGCUAAUUAAGAAAUGGAUUUCUUCUCACAAACUGAAAUACUUAGGUGUACCAAAGUACUGGGGAUCUGGCAUGCAUCAAAAGAAUGGCAAAAGCUAUAGAUUUAUGGUGAUGGACAGAUUUGGGAAAGAUCUUCAGAAGGUUUUUGAAGAGCAAGGAAAGCAGUUUACACGCAAAACAGUAUUACAGUUGGGCUUGAGAAUACUUGAUGUUUUAGAAUAUGUUCAUGAACAUGAAUAUGUGCAUGGAGACAUCAAAGCCUCGAAUCUUCUCCUGGGUUACAAGGCUCCACAUCAGGUGUACUUGGUGGAUUAUGGCCUUGCAUAUCGAUACUGUCCGGAAGGCAUUCACAAGGAGUAUAAAGAAAAUCCCAAACGGUGUCAUGAUGGAACCCUUGAAUUUACUAGUAUUGAUGCACACAAGGGGGUGGCUCCAUCAAGACGUGGUGAUUUGGAAAUUUUAGGUUAUUGCAUGAUAUGCUGGCUUAGUGGCAAGCUGCCUUGGGAAGAGAGCCUGAAAGAUCCUGAGUGUGUCAAAGCCUCAAAAAUCAAGUAUACUGAUGAUAUUGCAGCAUUGAUGGAUGAAUGUUUCCCUGAAAAAAAUAAACCGGAUGAAAUUGCCAGGUAUAUGGACACAGUGAUGGCUUUGGCCUACACUCAAAAACCACCAUACCAGCAGUUACGAGAAAUACUUCUUCAGGGUCUCAAGGACAUUGGUCAGAAGGAUGAUGGUAUAUUGGACUUCGGCGUUUCAGAGAAUGGAGAUGUUCCAACAAAGCCAGCACUUAAGAAAAAAAGGAAAUUAGGUGCUACAUCAGUGGCAGCCACUUCUGAUGAAGAUGACACUGAAUCCAAUGAAGAUGAUGUGGUGACUAUCAAAAGAAAGAAACAUGCAUCACCUAGAAGUGCUGACUCCCCAGGACCAAUUCAUCACAGCAGGUUGCAGCCAGAGGCUAGCAGCAGCAGCAGCCGUUUGCAGCAACAAGAGAGGCAGAAAACCCAAAUUGCAGAAGAAUUUACCAGAAGCCAAGACAAACCUGAAUCUCAAGAAGAGAAUUGAGAAUUAAAAGGGUCAGAAUAAUGUAUGUUUGCCGCUUUUCCUAGGUGUUUUGGUUUGGUUUAUUUGCAGUACUUUGUGUAUGUGCAGUCUGUAGACUGUUACUGUAUUUUGCUUUUGUGUGUGUGCAAUCUAUAGACUUACUGUGCUGCAUUGUGUAGUUGCAACUGGAAAAAUAAAAUUUUAAGUCUUAUUUACAGAAUGUACAGCUUAAUACCAGUACAUUUCAAAAUCCUUAAAUGGCUGUUUUGUACUCUUUUGCAGCUGUUCACUUUGUAUCAAACUUGAAUAAAAGCAAACUUUUAAUUGU